AUGUCAUGUAUACAUCCCAAUCAAUAUGGUUUCAUUCCUGGCUCCUGUACUACAUUGGCCCUAAUAUCCUUAAUUCAUCGUUGGACAGAAACUGUGGAUGCGAGGGACGGAAUCGUACGAGCGCUGCUUACCGAUUAUCGGAAGGCAUUUGAUUUAAUAGACCAUAACGUUCUUUGCCAGAAACUGCAGCAAAUUGGUAUUGAACCAUCGGUGUUUAAUUGGAUAGUAGAUUUCCUACGUGCACGAUCACAAAGAGUAAAGUUCCACUAGGACUGUUUUUCAGAUUGGAAGCCUAUAAAUGCUGGAGUUCCUCAGGGAACCAAAUUGGGCCCAUGGCUAUUUCUCCUUGUGAUUAACGAUCUUUCGAUCGCAUCUGGUGAUUUUGAAGGUGCUAUGUUUAAAUACGCAGACAACACCAAUGUUUCGAAUAUAUAUUUAAUCAAGAGUAUGCGAGUUCCCUGCAAGAUGUUACUCAUUGUAUUGUGAAUUGGUCCACUUACAAUCAAUUUGAACUCAGCCCGACAAAAUGCAAGGAGAUUGUGAUUAACUUUCAACGUAAUGAACCUGUUUUCCCGCCGAUAAAGAUAAACGAAAUUAACGUAGAGCGUAUUGAAAAAGCAAUGAUUCUCGGUUUAUUGAUCACUCAAGACAUGAAGUGGAAUGCCCAUGUGGAUAAGAUAACAACUAAAGCAGCGAAGCGACUGUAUCUGAUGAAACAACUAAAGAGAUUGGGUCUUAGUGACAAUGAUUUAAAAUGUUUCUACAUUGCUUCUAUAAGAUCUAUCCUUAAAUACGCAUGUCAAGUAUUUCAUUACGGUCUCCCGGAAUAUCUUUCUGACCAAAUAUACAGCGGAAUCAGAAGAGAGCUUUGCGCAUCAUAUGCUCAGACUUGUCGUAUUCAGAAGCCAUUGAAGAAUUAG